UCAGGGGCUGAGUACCGGGUCCGAUCUCUUCGAGACCACCCCUUCUCUCCCCUCGGCGACCCAGGCCAAAGUCAGGCGGGGGCUGUGGGUGGUCAGGCCCUUUCCAGAGAAGAACUCGGGCCCCUGGCCAGCCCUAGCUCCACCUCCGCCUAGUCGGAUUCGCGCUCCCAAAACGCAGGCGGACAGAGGAGACUUGGUGAGAGCACUAGACUAGGAGUCCUUGGGUCUGCGUUGAACCCUGGCUCGACCCUCCACUGCCUCAGCGACCUAAGGAACGAUGUUUCCCCUCCUUGAGUGUCGGCUUCCUGCCAGAGAGGCUCGGGUGUGAGGGCUGUCGACAAACUACACCUCGCCCAGCAUCUUCAGUCCCGAGCAGUCGGGAGCGGGAUGCUAUUACGGCAGUGCUCCCGGGCACCCGGAGACGGGGACACACAGGUGUCUUCAUGCAGGGCGCGAGCAUCCCGGGGGAGGCACCGCAGGUACCUUUGAAUCCGCAGGUUUUCAAAGGAGUUUAAGGGAAUCCCCGGAGUAGCUUGUUACAAGCACAGAUCCCGGUGACUCCGGGUCUGAUACGGAGCCGGGAAACUGCGUGUUUACAUAGUAGUUUAUUUAACGGCGACCUAGUUAACAAUCGAUUCUGGUUGCGGUGAGGUCAAUGUCGUGAAUUUUGGAGAAGGAGCAAUUGCAACUCACGGAGAGCCGGCUGGGAAAACAGACGUGGGAGAGGCCACCUCGCCUGGGUCAUUAGCGAUGCCUUGAGAAACCGAGAGGCGACCGCACUCCUGACCUCAGGCUCGGGCUCCUGGGGUAGCGCUCAGCGUGCCAGUUACAUCUGACCUCUCCAUCUCCACCUGGCUGGGGCCAGUGACCAUCCUCAGCAGCUGAUACAAGGAGAACUUGGAGACCUGGGAGUACUCAGGGGAGCUACCUCUUGAAACAAGGAGCUCUGGGGCCAAAUGUUACGGGUCCUUCUGUCUGGCCCAGGGAGAAGGGGAAGCACCCAGAGCUGGGCCUUCAGCUCAUGGCUACCCCAUCUGCCUCUGGCUGGGUUGUCAAAUGCCAUGGAGCUUGUCAGCCACUGGACAGCAGUCUUUGAGAAGAGGGGCAUCCCUGAGGCCCAGGAAUCCAGUGAAUACAUCGUGGCUCAUGUCCUUGGAGCUAAAACAUUUCAGAGCCUAAAGCCAGAACUUCGGACCCAGCCCUUGACCCCUUGGCAGCUUCAGCACAUCCAAGAGCUGAGUAACCGCCGAUUGCAAAGGAUGCCUGUGCAGUACGUCCUUGGGGAGUGGGACUUUCAGGGCCUCAGUCUGAAGAUGGUGCCCCCAGUGUUCAUCCCUCGCCCAGAAACAGAGGAGCUGGUUGAAUGGGUGCUGGAAGAGGUGACACAGGGGUCCUGUGAGGUGGGAGCCCAAGGUGGUCCCCUUAUCCUGGAGGUAGGCUGUGGAUCUGGGGCCAUCUCCCUCAGCCUGCUGAGCAAACUCCCCCAGAGCCGAGUCAUCGCUGUGGAUAAAGAAGAAGCUGCCAUCUGCCUGACCCGUGAGAACGCUCAGAGGCUGUGGUUGCAGGACAGGAUUCGGAUCAUCCCCCUUGAUGUCACCUUAGAGGGGAGUUGGGCACACCUUCUGCCUUGGGGCUCUGUGGACCUGGUUGUCAGCAACCCUCCUUACGUCUUCCACCAGGACAUGGAGCAGCUGGCCCCUGAGAUCCGGAGCUAUGAAGAUCCAGUAGCCUUGGAUGGUGGAGAGGAGGGCAUGGACGUCAUUAUCCACAUCCUGACCCUGGCAUCUCGGCUCUUGAAGGACUCUGGAAGCAUCUUCUUAGAAGUGGACCCAAGACACCCAGAACUUGUUGGCAACUGGCUCCAGGGCCGGACUGACCUGUCCCUCAGUCUCGUAGCUAUACGCAAGGACUUCUGUGGGAGGCCUCGGUUCCUGCAUAUCCAGAGGUCUGAGCCACAGCGUGACUUCCCUGUGGAUGUCUGGCCAGGGCCCCAGCCUGCCAAAGUGCCUGGCUGAUGCUUCUUCCUGGAAUGCUACUUGGAGGGAAGUGGAUGGUGCCUUGCAGAACCCCAGAUGCUUGCACUAUUUCCUAUGGCUCUGUGAUUGGCCAUGCUCUAUGUUGCAAGGAUACUUGGGGGUAGAAGCAAGAGAGGGUGUCCUUCCUAAGGCAGCAAAGAGCAAGGACAUCCAUAGUCCAGCUCAGGAGCUAAGUAGACUCAGCUUCCCAGUCUAGCUCUGUCAGGUUGGUGUGUCCAGGCUGGUGGCUCAGCCUCGGUGGGUAGAAUUGCCUCUGUGAUGUUAGGAGUUAUGGCUAAUAAAGCAUCGAGAGACCUACAAGUAGUGACCUGUUAGUAUGAUUUGUGUGUCCCCUGUCUUCUCAUACCAAGGCUAUGCUGGAGGUAAGAUCUUCCUUUUGCCCAACCUGCCAUCAGGCCCAAGGUCACAUCCUGGUGAGGGCAGAGGCUGAGAUCUCAAAGGUUGGCCUGGCUCCAGCAUCAUAGCUCAACUUCAAGGCCAACCAAGCCUGUCGCUACAGACUUGAGGCCCUGCCCAGCUAGUCUACUUGGCCUGGACUUCUUUCCCCGGGAGAGUCAAGUCUCACAUUUUUCUGGGAAUGAAGUUGUCUCCAAGACCUGCUCCAGUGACCCUAGCUGCCCCUACAUUGUCACUUUCCAUCAUUAUGCUCUCUUGGGGUGCCAUACCCACACGCUUGCCAAGGUCUUUCCUCAGUAAUGGGCCUGAGGCCAGAAGGGAAACGUACUGACUAAGGUAUGGCCCAGACUGUGGGACAAGGGGGCAGUAGACCCCUAAUUGGUUCAGGCAGCUGUUUUGAGAUGCUACUGGAGACUGUAAGAACACAGGUGGGAAGAGAGGAGGGGCAAUAGGCAAAAAGGUCUGAGGUCAGAAAGCUAAGAGCUUUGAUACCCCACUCUGCCCUUCCAGAUUCCUUCUGGAAUAGCCAUGAGAUAGAAUUUCUAGACUCAGGGGAGACCUGGGGCAACUGGCAGUCCAUGCAACUGGAGCAGGUUAAGUGACCACACUGUCUCUGGCCACCACACUACCAGGUCAGAGCAUUGAAAGUGCCAGGAUGGGGUUGGGGAAGAGUGACAAAAAGAGCCAGCUUCCCCUGCAUGUUCCUCAGGACCCACCCUGAUACAGCCUCACCCCAGCACCUGCCAACCUGGAUGUUUCCUGUUACUAUGGACAGAAGGAUUGGGCCUUCAGGCCUCCAGGCAGCAACGAGUCUGCAUAGCUCAGAGCUUGGAUGGAGGUCACAACCUGGUGGCCACUCUAUGUCAGCUUCUCACUCUCCCCAGGGACAGAUGGAUUAUCUGAAACCCCAAGGUCAACUUGGCUAAAAGUUAUGGGGAUAAAAUGUCAACAAAAGCCCUGUUCACCCUUCACUGGCUUAAAUCUUCAGGUAAAUGAAUGUGACCCCAGAAUUGUGCAGAAAAGACCCUCAGCCCCAUCCUUUCCCCAAAGCAGACAGUCAUCCUGAGCUGAAACUCAGAUGCAGCUUCUCUGCUCAAAGCUGGGACACAGCCUGGGAAACGUGGGCAAGCCAGGCCUCUGGCUGUAUAAGCCAGAAGCAGCAGCUGUGUGCCUUCCUCUACACGGCCUCCCAUCCAGAGCCUUGACUUACAAGCCUGAGAAAUGGAAAAAAGUGUUUGUGCUUAAUAGCGUAGUUGUGAGGAUCCUGUGGGAUGCACCUUUCACGGGGCAGAGUAUUUUCAUUGCCUGCCUCAGAGGACAGACGUAGGGAGGGCCCUGUACCCUUAUGGGCCUGUCUGGUGCUUGGCACCAUCACAAGGCAGGCAGAAGCACAGCAGUCUGGGAAGGAGGGAAGGCAGGGAUUCCAUCUUGGGCUCUUCUCUCUGCCCUCUGGAGAUGGAGCCUCCAAGAGGCUGGUAGCCAGGCAGCAGCUCCGGAUCUCCCCUCAGCACCUCUCCCUUCUCUCCAGGGUCUGAGUGCCCCAAAAUCCAGGCCAUAGCAGCAGGUGUUUCAAGUUAGGGAAAGCCAGGCUCACCGGCCCUAUCUCCACCCUCCCAGUGGCCAGGACCAGAGAGGAGCUUUCUCUGUAGCAGGUGUUGUGGAGCCCUGUAGGACGAAGGGCAGGAGAACAUGGAGCUGAUGAUGGAUCCAGCCUCCGCAGCCCCUGAGGCCUGGAGGGAUGUGCAUGCUGCCCACCAGCCUCUUCAGCCCAGCUCAGCAUGGGCAGCGGGUAUAGAGACCCUGACCCACAUACUCUCGAACAACAAUUCCAUCCCUCUUCUGACACUUGAGGAAAUUGAGACUGCCCCACAUUUGGAUACUUUACCUAGCUGCCCAUGGGUUUCCAAGAGUCCUACUGAGCUGCUUUAAUGAAAUGUGCCCUCCUCCCCCAAAACUCCUAACCUCAAGAAAUAGGCCUUUUAUGCUCCCCUAUUCCCACCUGGACCCUUGGCCAUUAACUGCUCCCAGUCCCUGCUCUCAAUCUUUGGCUGGCUCCCCGUGACCUGAGUGUGGCCUCUGUGUCCUGCAGAGUCCAGGUCUGAAUAGCUAGGGAAGAUGGCAAUGGAAAAGGACCUGGAGACCCUCCCAAGGCCCCGUUUGUGCUCGGAGUAAGCUUCCAUCAGUGCAAAAGUUUCCACCGUUGACAAGCUAUGAGAACUGCUGACCUGUGGUGAGAAACCCUGUUAAGCUCUGCAGUUCAGCGUGUCCUUUUCCAUCCACCUUUGGAUUCUUUCCUUCACUGCCCUGGACUCUAGCUUCCCUGCAGAAUUCCAUUCCCUAAACACUCCUCCCCUUAGCCCCAAAAGUGGGGAUGCCUUUGCCCACCACCGCCAAUCCAAAUCACCUUCCCCUUCAAGCUCCAAAGGCUGCCUCCUCUAAGACACCCGCCCUGACUUCUGUUGUCUCCACCUGCCCCUUGCCCAUACUUCUGCCAGCACCAAUGGCAUUCUGCCCUACACUUUUGGAAACCUCCCUGUCUCCUUCAUGUCUCUGGGGUCCCAUGUGGAUCUGGCAUACCACUCAGUAAAUGUCCACCAAUAAGCCAACUCUGUGUGUUUACUAGAAUUAACCUGGGACUUCCCAUGUGGUUCAUAUGUGACCUGAUAGCAGCUCUCAAAUAUUCUAGUCAGCAGGGAGAGGAAACCAUGAGGGCCUGGCGUCCCACCCGAGCCAGGCAGCUGUUUGAGUUGAGCCAUGGUGCUGUGAGGGCUCAAAUG